AUUUUAAAAAGUUUUAGAAACUUGCUCUGCCACCUAAUACAUUAUUGGAAUCUCUUACUGAUAAGGUUUGCACAGAGAACGAAGUUACAAGUCGCACCGCGCCAAGAAACGUCCGUGUUUUCUUCAGCUGCAGACAGAAUGAAUAUUCCCUUGCUGCUCCAGCACCCUCACCAGCGGCAUGUCCUAAAGGGCCUUCUGAGAACACCUUUCCCACGGUACCACUGCAUCUUUCGCCCAAGCGCCCGUCUGGGGCCAGGGAGCCUCCGCGCCCGGCCAUUGGACCCCCCGGGACUCCACUGUGCAGAGCGGGUGCUGCCGUCGGGUUGUUUGCGGAGACCAUUAUGCGCACGCGCAACCCUCAAGGAACACCCAGAAGGACUCUCUGAUAAAGAACAAAGAUUUGUGGAUAAACUCUAUACAGGUUUAAUCCAAGGGCAAAGGGCCUGCUUAGCAGAGGCCAUAACUCUCAUAGAAUCAACUCACAGAAGGAAAAAAGACUUGGCCCAGGCGCUUCUUCAGAAGGUACUGGCCUACCACAGGGAGCAAGAACGAUUAAAUAAAGGAAAACCGCGAGCGUUUCGAGUGGGAUUGUCCGGCCCCCCUGGUGCUGGAAAAUCAACCUUCAUAGAGUAUUUUGGAAAAAUGCUCACUGAGAGGGGGCACAAGCUGUCCGUGCUGGCUGUGGACCCUUCGUCUUGUGCUAGCGGGGGAUCCCUCUUGGGUGACAAAACCCGAAUGACUGAGUUAUCGAGAGAUAUGAAUGCGUACAUCAGGCCGUCUCCUACUAGAGGCACCCUGGGAGGGGUGACAAGGACCACCAACGAAGCCAUCCUGCUGUGUGAAGGAGGGGGCUACGACAUCAUCCUCAUCGAGACCGUAGGUGUGGGGCAGUCGGAGUUCGCUGUUGCCGACAUGGUUGACAUGUUCGUGUUACUGCUGCCACCGGCAGGAGGGGAUGAAUUGCAGGGUAUCAAGAGAGGUAUAAUUGAGAUGGCAGACCUGGUGGCCAUCACCAAGUCCGACGGGGACCUGAUCGUGCCGGCGCGCAGGAUCCAGGCGGAGUACGUGAGCGCGCUGAAGCUGCUCCGCCGGCGCUCCGGGGUCUGGCAGCCGAAGGUGGUUCGUAUUUCUGCCCGAAGCGGAGAGGGGAUUGCCGAAAUGUGGGACAGGAUGAGAGAGUUCUGGGACCUGAUGCUGGCCAGCGGGGAGCUGGCCGCGCGGCGGCAGCAGCAGCAGAAGGUGUGGAUGUGGAACCUCAUCCGCGAGAGCGUGCUGGAGCACUUCCGGGCCCACCCCGCGGUCCGGGAGCAGAUUCCUCUGCUGGAGAGGAAGGUCCUCAGUGGCGCCCUCCCCCCGGGCCUGGCGGCGGACUUGCUGCUGAAAGCUUUUCAAGCACGGACUCAUGAGAUGUAUCCCACACACUAAUUUUCCGUAUCGUGUCAUAAAGUGUUUUCAUUCUGAAAGUCACUGGUGUGCUUAUAUUUUCAGUAAUGCUUUCGUGGCGCCCUCAGCCUCUGUAUGCGGGAAAUAAAUGUGCCUGCAAACUGGAGGAAUAUUAGCUGCGGACGGCAGAGGCCAGGGGGUCGGGCAGUGCUUACAAGGUACCUACCUGUGGUCUGUUACUGAGUUCCGUGUCCCCCUGUUUCUCUCCGUCCUCGGCCCGGGCGCCGUGGCCUGUAGGAGAGCUCCCAGCAGUCAGGAGCCGAGGAGGCUGAGGACGGUGAAAGUUCGUGCACCUUGAAAUGCCUUCCUCGGUUCUGUGUUCUCAGGAAAUUUGAGGGAACACGUAAGCAGGAAUCACCACAUUUUGGAAGCCUUCCUUGAGGCCAGAAGAAUACACGGUGGGCUUCUAAGAGCUGAAACCCACGAUUGACCGUUCCAGGGAUUUCUGAAAUGGCCACCCAGGUGCACGAGGCACAGAGCAGUUGGCAGGUGCAGUGACACGAGCACAGCUUCAGAGUUUGCUGCUCUGUCGAGCCAGGGUAAGGAAGGCUGCUGUACAGGUUGUCAGAAUGAUUAGGUGAGAAAUUACAACGUGCUUAGCACUUAAUAAUUGAUGUUAGAAAUAAGUGUUGUUAGAAAUAUUACACAUAGACACGAGAUACAAAUAAAUACACGUUAUUGAUAUGCUAUCCUGAAGGAUGUGAGCUUCAUGAAAAGGGUUAAUUAAUUAUUAACCUAGCUAGUGGUAACGUGCCACCAGAACUCACAGGUGAGGUGUAUGUAGUCAUCAGGGCCCUCCUGGCUCCAAUUUCGUCUCACCGUUUUUGCAGCUCCAGUUCCCAAUUUAACACUUCAUAAUUCCUGGGUUCCUCAUUUCCGAUUCCUGGCAGAAACAUGAUUGGCCUGUUCAGCUUUCAGAGGCACUGGAGGUCGCGGAGGGAAACCCCUGAGCGAGUUGCCCAGAAGCAGUAGCCCACCUCAACCUGUGUUCCAGGGCCUGGAGAAGGGAUAAGUACGGUUGCUCCUUGGUCAGCAGGAGCAGUCUGGAAGGCCCCAUUUCCCCGGGUUGCAGGUGGGGCGGGCAGUGUGUGCGCUUCCCCGGAGAACAAACUCUCAGGGAGACAGCGCGGGCGUCGGUGCGCACCGGGGGUCUGCCUGAGCAGCCGGCAUGGCCGGGCCUCAGACGCAUGCCUCCCCUGGCUCCUCACUCAGCGACCUCUCUGUUACGUGGGUUUGAACCAGCCCUUAAGAAAAAUGUAUGGGCUGCUGACUGUAAUCUUUUAAAUUGUUCCUGUUCUUCCUUAGGUUAUCGGGCUGUUGAAUUCUAGAAAUGUCACUGUUUACUGGAGAUUUGCUACCCACACUACAUCUUAGGGCAAGAACUUAAGAAAUCACACCACCUCUUGAUAAAACCCGUGAUGUUGCUGGUUCCAGGAACUUCCUUCCCCUUCGCUCCGGUCACUUGGGGCUCCUGGAACCACAGAGGACACAGACCGCUGCACGCAGCGCACUGCAGGGCACCGGCACCGUUGCUGCGGUUUGAGUUGGGUCCACCUGAAGAGAGACCCUGAAGUCCCAGUCCUCAGUCUCUGCGGAUGCGCUUACUUGGCAACAGGAUCAUUGCAGAUGUGAGGAGCCGAGAUGCGGUCGUGCUGGGGUUGGAUGGGCCCUGACCCAACAUGGCCGAUGUCCUCAUUGGAAGACGGUCAUGGGAAGGCGGAGACACGGGGGGCCACCGUGGAGAUGAAGACAGAGACUGGAGGGAAGCAGCUUUGUGCUGAAGACAGCUGGAAAACGGGUGGACUCGAGAAAGAGGCGAGGAAGGACCCUCCCACGUGUUCCAGGGGGAGCGCGGCCCCGCUGACACCUGGAUUGCAGGGCGGACAGCUAGACUCCAGAACGCGAGAGGGUACGUUUCUGUUGUGUUAAGCCACCCAGCCCGUGGUGCCUCGUUACCGCAGCUCCAGGACAUUAAUGUCAACCCCCGUCUGAGCCUGACGCAAAGAAGGAACUUCUGCCAAGAUUUCAUCACACUCCUCCCCACCCCCGCUAAGAGUAUAGUCUGUGACCUCCCAGUUCUGCCUUCCCUUGGGACCUCCGAAACCUAUAAAACAAAAGGAACACAAGAGUGUCCUCAUGUUUGUUUUGACAAGUGCUGCACCCCGCGUCUGCUGCUGUCCCGCCGCUCAGUGUCGGGCUUUGACUCUCCCGAAGGACCCACGUUUACAAGUCUGGGAGGCUGGGUGUGCGCAAGAGGGUCUCAGGAAGUUACAGAGGCAUUCUGGGGCUGUUAGCCGUGAGCAGCCGAGGAGCCGCGGGGAAACGUGUGGCCAGCCCAGGCUCCUCUGCCUGCGGGGAUGACGUCUGGUGCCCGCCGGCGAGUGGGGGAGGGGUCGAGCACACAGGACGUGUUCUGCCCUUAGACCUCUCACUCUGGCUUAUUCCACUCUACGAUGCCUGUUAAGCUGCUCUGCCAUCAAGCCCUGUCAUGUGGUAUCUGCAACAUGAAUUUUUAGCUCAAAAUAAGUUAACCUUAAUCGUGUGCUGGUAGGGAUUUGUACCCCAGCACAAAAGUUGCAUCAUUGUAUAUAAUAUACCUACUUUCUAAUAUUUAGAAAGUGUACCCAGCUAGAUUUGUAUUCUGUUAAUCUUUUUCACACAGUCCCCUACUUAAAGGAGGGUGGCAGGAAAAAUGCGGCAGAUAUAUCAUUGUAUGUGCUGGGAAUAGACCAGUGUGGCACAGAAUAAUAAAUGGUGGUGUUCAGUGACCCAGAA